AGGAAAGGGGGGAGGAAGGGGGAGGGGGCGCAGCAGGGUGGAGGAGGACACCGGCUCCAGCCCUGCCUCCGAGCGAGCGAGCAGCCAGGCAGCCAGCACACGCAAGCAACAAAGGGACACUGACUCCGUCUGACAUCAAAUGCAUCUGAGCGCAACUUUCAACCUUGACACGCUUCUGCUCACAUCUCAAAGGGCGUGAAAAGAAGGCUCAAACAUGGAGCUGGAGCACUUUGAUGAGCGCGACAAGGCGCAGCGUUACGCCCGCCGGGGCUCCAGGGGCAACGGGUUGCCCAGCCCCACUCACAGCGCCCACUGCAGUUUGUACCGAACCAGGACGCUGCAGGCGCUGAGUUCGGAGAAGAAGGCCAAGAAGGUUCGCUUCUACCGCAACGGCGACCGCUACUUCCAAGGGAUCGUGUACGCCAUUUCGCAGGACAGGUUCCGCUCCCUGGACGCGCUGCUAGCCGAUCUGACGCGAGCGCUCUCGGAUAACGUCAACCUGCCUCAGGGGGUUCGGACCAUAUACUCCGUCGAUGGGAUGACGAGGGUCGCCAGCAUGGAGCAGCUGCUAGAAGGAGAAAGCUACGUGUGUGCCUCCUUCGAGCCAUACAAGAAGGUGGACUACACCAGGAACGUCAACCCCAACUGGUCUGCCGGCGCCAGGACGGCGGCGGGAUCCCCCCGCGACCCGCCGUCCCUCGGCAGCGGGCGGGCCGGCUCGCCGGAAACCCGGGAGAGCAAGGACUUCAUCAAACCCAAGCUGGUCACCAUCGUGCGCAGCGGCGUCAAGCCCCGUAAGGCCGUGCGCGUGCUGCUCAACAAGAAGACGGCGCACUCCUUCGAGCAGGUCAUGACAGACAUCACGGACGCCAUCAAACUGGACAGCGGCACCGUCAAAAGGCUCUUCACGGUGGACGGCAAGACGGUGACGUGCCUUCAGGACUUUUUUGGGGAAGACGACAUCUUUUUUGCUUGUGGGCCUGAAAAGUACCGCUACCAAGAUGACUUCAGUUUAGACGAAAAUGAUUGCAGAGUGGCCAAGUCGGCCUCAUAUAGUCGGCUCCCCUCGGUGCACGGUCGUUGCUCUCCAAGAAGUGGCGCAAUGUCUCGCAGGAGCAAAUCACCUUCGUCAACUGGCUCAGCCAACGGAACUGCGGGCAGUCAGCUGUCCACUCCUCGAUCGGGGAAAUCCCCUUGCCCGUCUCCCACCAGUCCAGGCAGUCACAGGAGACGCCAGGGCUCGCAGCACAGCGGCUCGUCCCUCUCGCUGGCCUCGACCAAGGUGUGCAGCUCCAUGGACGAAGGCGACGGACCCAACAGCGAAGCCGAGCCCAUGGACGAGUCGUCUGUCCCCGCAUCCAUCGCCGAGCGCUACAAAGUGGGCCGCACUUUAGGCAGCGGCAACUUUGCUGUGGUGCGAGAGUGCGUGGAGAGGGCCACGGGACGAGAAUACGCCCUCAAGAUCAUCAGCAAGGAGAAAUGCAGGGGGAAGGAGCACAUGAUCCAGAGUGAGGUGUCCAUCCUUCGGCGUGUCAAACAUCCCAACAUCGUCCUGUUGAUCGAAGAGAUGGACACCGGCAAUGAGAUUUAUCUGGUCAUGGAGCUGGUCAAGGGGGGCGACCUGUUUGACGCCAUCACCUCGUCCAACAAGUACACGGAGCGGGACGCCGGCUGCAUGCUCUUUAACUUGGCCAGCGCCGUCAAGUACCUGCACGGCCUCAAUAUCGUCCACAGAGACAUCAAACCUGAAAACCUGCUGGUUUACCAGCACCACGACGGCAGCAAGUCUCUGAAGCUGGGCGAUUUCGGCCUGGCCACCGUCGUCAACGGUUACCUGUACACCGUGUGCGGCACGCCCACCUACGUGGCGCCGGAGAUCGUGGCUGAGAAGGGGUAUGGACUGAAGGUGGACAUUUGGGCCGCGGGUGUUAUCACGUACAUCCUGCUGUGUGGCUUCCCGCCUUUCAACUGCGACGGCGAGGAUCAGGACGUUUUGUUCCGAGAGAUCCUGAAAGCUCAACUGGAGUUCCCUUCACCGCACUGGGACGGCGUGUCGGACUCUGCCAAGGAGCUCAUCGGUGGCAUGCUGCAGGUGGACGUGGAGCGAAGGCUGUCAGCCGCGCAGGUGCUGGAGCACCCGUGGGUCAACGAGGACGGCGUGCCGGAGAACCAACAGCAGCUGCCGGUGGCCUUGAGGAUCAAGAAGAACUUCUACACCGGAGCCAAGUGCGGUAGCAGCAGCACGGCGGCGGGCGUCAUGCUCAUCACUAACACGCCGCUGGACAAAGAGAAGCAAGUGUUCCGUCCUCGACAACAUCAUCCCGACGCCAACUUCCCGCACGGCGCUCGCCCUCCCGUCUCCUCCUCAGCGCCCGCCGUGGGCUCCAACCCCCCCGCGCUGUCCCCCGCCGACUUCACGUCCGAGUCGGACGACUAUUCUCCGGGUUCGGCCGACACUGUGCGCUCACCCGUGUCUCCGUUCUGAGCGGAUUGACUUGACUCAAGAGCGCCCCCACGAGCCACGAUUGUAUUUUUUUUCCCAAAUUGUGCGAAUGCUGAAGAGCAUUGGACCGCGUGGUUCUGCCAAUGGCAUCAUUGCCUUUUAAGUCAUGUUUGAAUGUUUUCAGAAAACAUGCUUUAGCAAGCUCACUGGGGCAAUUUGGCUCUGAGGGUAACAAAGUUAUUUUGCGAGCAUGAUUUGUCCAUUUUUUUACAUUUCUACUUUCACAUUUGACUACCAAUUUCAGAAAAAUGGACAUCUAGCUCCAUUCCGCAACUUAUCCAACCAUUCCAACUUUCAUUUGGGACAUCCAGGGAACCGUUUAGCAGACUUCCCUCAAACGUUAGCAAUGCAAGUCCCUUCUCGUUGCACAUUUCUUGAAACCAUUCCAACUAAAUCACACAUUCCACUGUUGAACAAUGGACUCAAUUCCUGCUCAGGCAUUUCAUCACUUCAGCGUCAGCUCUUCAGUAUUCACACGCAAUUUGUACAAUUCAAAACGAGUUAUAAUUGACAAGUUUGAGGUUAGACAACAAACAAUCUACUCGCUCACCUGUUGCAGCCUUUUAGCCUACAGAAAGUGGUAGCGCUCUGGCGCCCGCCCGUGGUCAAGAUUGAGUACUGCAGGAACGGCAAACUGCAUGAUCUCACGUGACUUUCAGCGAGCUGUUGCUGCACUAUCGAGGGUUCCGAUGCAUAAUGUUCAAUUGAACCUUCGAGUGGACGGAGCCAAGAAUUUGCUGCUAUAAAGUUGUCACAGGUGUUACCUAUGCUGCUUUUUUUUUUUAAAUAACUCGGUGUCGAGUGUUCAGAAAGUGGCAUUGCACUAUAAUAGCACAAGUUGAAAGUGCAAUUAGAAGUGUCGGCUCGCGAAAAGCACAGCGAUAAAAAUGUCUGAAGGAAGGGACGAGUGAAUGAAACAAAACGUGAAAAAUACAACGGAAGUUAGACGGACUGCAUGUAGCACAGCACUUCCGGUCAAACGAGACUUUUUUUUCAAAGGUGAGGCUGCGCGUAAAGUGCAUGUGCGCGCGCAUCUUGCAUCCAUCCAUCCGUGCCAUCCCAUGUUUGUGUCCAUGAAUGUCCUGCGGCUCGUUUGUUUGUCUUGGAAGAAAUCCAACGCCACUAUGUUGUUUUGUAAGGGCUGCUGAAAUGUUCAAGUAACAAAGGCUAAAUCAAAUAGGCCAAACCUUUGUCCUUUUUUUAAAUGUGUUUUUUCAUUUGAUCUGCAACGUCAGUCAUGUAACAACAGAGGAAUGUGCCUGUAACUAUUAUCGACAUCCAUAAUCCGUCAGAAUAUUAUGUCAACAUGGAUGAGCUCCUUUAUACAAAUUGUUGGGUCACUGUCCGGAGUGCCUGCUCGCCCAUCAAGUGUGAAAUGAAACAACCAAGUUCUGAAAAUGUGUCUGUGAAUGACUUUCCUCGCCCAUGUCUUUUAAGAUCAGGAAUAAAGGAU